AUGGAACAUUUUCACAAGAGCCCGGACAGCGAAGUGCUUGCAAAUGUCGAGACUCUCUUCAUAAGUAUAUCUGUUACCACAUUUUUGUACAUGGACAUCCCUCAUUUGGCAGCUUUCUAUCGGCAUUACGCUGGACCGGCUGACAAGAUCGAAGGCGAAUCAUUUAGUAUAGAUGACGAUAUGUACAAGAUUGUUCAACACGAGCCACUGAGAGUUUAUACUGGCACCGCGUCUUGGAAUGGAUCAUUCCUCUACGUUGAUUGGAAAAUAGUGCUAGCAUUUACAGGAGGGAAUGCGAUAGGCAUCGCGAAUAUCAGCAUCACAGGCUCGGCAGUCUCCGGCAUCAAAGUUCACGAAAAUGCUGUCGAGAGUAAUUUGAAACAGAUGACAUUCGUGCUCGGCGGCAAAUCCCCUGCAAUUGUCUUCAAAGACGCCGAUCUCGAUAGGGCUUUAGAAAGACGUGUUGAGCACGAUGUCACUAUGCCAGCUCAGGCUGGAACUUCCGCGCGCCCUUCAUUUCGAGAUUAUCUGCCAAAGCCAGAUUUUCCACGUCUGAAACAUCUGUCAUCAUGCGAUGCGCACACCUGGGGAGACCUGCGGAUAAAGGAACCAUUCGUGGCAGACUGGAUGAGUCUAGCGAACGGCCUGAUCAGUGCUCCUUACCAGGGUAUCACUACAGAUGGCGUGGUCCAAAAAGGUCUCUUCAAACUCGCCGGUGUGAACGAUGACCAUGGAGCUCCUGUCCAGGCAAUGAUUGAUGCUGUGAACAAUAUUCUCCUUUGCGCCUCCGAACAGGAGCGCCGACUGAUAUGUCACGACCUCGACGCUCUGCAAUGGCGACAGUGGAUGAAUCCCGAAAUUUACGUCUUCAAAAAUGGAGUUCGCCUCGAAGAAAUCUCCGAUGCUUUGGCAGAAAAGAUACACGCCCUGAUGCGCGCGAGCUUGAGUCCUUCAGGUUACCAGAGAGCGAUCGGCUGCAUGAAAGUCAACGCAUUCUUGGGUCGCUUGGUAAAUGGAAGGGGCGUGUUGAAUCGAGAUUCGUACAACUUCGUCCUCUACGGAGAGAUGCCCCCUCGUCGGGACAGGCCUUGGGGUUGGCAGUUAUACGGCCAUCACUUAUGUCUCAAUUGUACUGUGCUGAACACCCAGAUGGUGCUCUCUCCUGUCUUCAUGGGUGCUGAACCAAACGUGAUCGAUGACGGCGGAUCCGACGAUGGUUUGUUACUUUUUGACACUCAGGAAGCCAGAGGACUGGCUCUCAUGCAAUCUCUCCCCCAGGAUCUCCAAUGUCGUAUACGCGUCUACGACAACUUGGAGGACCCCAACAUGCCGGAAUGGCGUUUCCAUCGCGCCGAUCAGCGUCAUCUUGGCGGAGCCUUCCAGGAUAAUAGAGUCAUUCCGUAUGAAGGAGUUCCGGUGGUCGAGUUUCCAACGUGGGCACAAAGCGCUGUCGAAAACAUAAUCAGGAUAUCUCUGGAUAUCCUGCCCGAGAAAUCCUUAGAUCAACGAAUGCGAGAAAUCCUCCAACAUUGGUCAAAGACGUUCUUCAGCUGGAUCGGUAGUUUCUCCGACGUGGACGCCUUUUACUAUAAAAUCCACAGCCCUGUGAUUAUGAUUGAGUUUGAUCACCACACGGGGCUGUUUCUGACAAAUAAGGAAGCCCUGCCAUUCCAUAUCCAUACUUUAAUCCGAACCCCGAAUGGAAACGACUAUGGUAAGGAGUAUAUUAGGCAAUACAAUGAGCAAGCGGCGUCAAGAGCUUGA